AUGGUCAUUGUGGGCCUGGCAGUGGGGGUCUGGUUAGUGGGUCCUGGUGAUGGGGGUCUAAUCAGUGAGGGUGUGGUCAGGGAAGACCUGAUGUGUGGGGUCUGGUCAGCAGGAACCUGGUCAGUGGGGACUGCUGAGCGCUGCUUGGAGAAGCCAGGUGCAUUGUGCGUUAUCGAGGGCCCUGUGGACAGCUGGGAUGGCCCAGUGGUGCCCAACGGCCCAGUCAAAAGUGGACAAAGCAGGUUUUUGGAUGGACCUGGGAGAUCUUGCUCAGAGAUUCUGACAGGGCAAAGGUCCCACUUUUCCAGUAUCUGCCUGUGCUUGGACUUCCUGUACUACCCAUUCCUGAGGGGCGAUGCUUCUACAGGGCCUGUGACUUGGUGCACAACUUCAGGCACCAUCAUCCUGCAGCAGCGCCGCACCCUCACUAGCCAGGGUGUUGAUGAUUUCCUCAAGGCCAAGGCCACAUUCAAGGUUUCGGACUUCAUUGAUGCACUUGUGCUGAGCAAGGUGGGCUUCUCCGAGAUCUUAAUUCAGGAGCCUCGGUGUAUGGGCGCUGUUCAUCCUCUGGUGCUGAAGCAGCCAAGAGACACAAGCCUGCCUGGCUGCCUCUUAGGAUAUGACAGCAGAGCCAGUGGCCUCUACUGGAUCCUGUACAACCUCACAAAACACCCAGACAUCGGGAACAACACUGUUAUUGACGAGAUCAGUCCCAAGCGGAUUGGAGAUUGUCCCAAUACUUACACCUAUAGCAAGGCCUUGAGAGAAGUGGCGGUGCAGCAGGAGAGCAGGAAGCUAACCAUCACCAUCCUAAGGCCCUCCAUUGUGGGAGCAACGUGGCAUGAGCUUUUCCCGCGUUGGGUUGAUAAUCUAAAUGGAUGUAGCCGACUCAUUAUUGCGGCUGGGAAAGGGUUUCUUCUGGCCAUAAAAGCUACUCCAAUGGCUGUGGGAGACUUACUUCCAAUUCCAGUUGAUACAGCCAUCCGUCUCCCACUAGCUGUAGGAUGGUGUACUGCAGUUCACAGACCUAAGUCAAUGUUAGUCUACCACUGUACAUCUGGUAACCUCAAUCCCUGCAAUUGGGGCAAAAUGAGAUUCCAGGUCUUGGCAACCUUUGAAAUUCCAAUUCCAUUUGAGAGAGCUUUGAGGAGGCCGUAUGCUGAUUUCACCACCAGCAACUUCACAACCCAGUACUGGAAUGCCAUCAGCCACCAGGCCCCUGCCAUCAUCUAUGACUUCUAUCUGUGGCUCACUGGAAGGAAACCCAGCAAGGCCUUGGGAGAAAUGGCGGUGCAGCAGGAGAGCAGAAACCUAACCAUCGCCAUCAUAAGGCCCUCCAUUGUGGGAGCAACGUGGCAUGACCCUUUCCCAGUAAGCCCACUCACCUGGAUUCUGUGUUUUGCUUCCAAAUUAAAGUUCUUCUAGCCCAAUUACUUUCUGAUGUCG